AUGGCUCUGGAAGCAUGGAACGUGUACAGCGUGUGGCGGACGGUGCUGGACGAGACGGAGAAACUGGGUAAGGCGAGACUGGCGGCCGUCGAGGUGUUCCAGCAGAAUAUAUCUGAGGAAGCGAAACAGACCAGGCAGAACAAGAUCCACCUCGGGAAGAAGUUCGCUGACCAGCUGAAGGUGAUCCAGAGCGAGCUGCAGACACAGGUACAGGAUCUAGACCGAACUAAGAAGAUUUACUACGAAGAGGAACACGUUGCCCACGACGCCAGGGAGAAGGCGAGCGCCGCUGAGGAGAAGAAAUCGCAUCGGUUAAAGAGAAAGAAAGGUUCUAUAUUCCAAUCCAUACAGUCUCUCCAGAAGAACAGUGCCAAGUUCUCAGCCAAACGGGACGCAUGCGACGAAAAGUCCGCAGGAGCCCGCAACGACUACCUCCUAAGCCUGGCCGCUGGCAACGCUCAUCAGAGACGUUACUAUGAGAUCGACUUUGAAAGAAUUCUAAGGACGAUGGAGUGUGAUAUGUACGAUAAAGUAGCGGAUUACCUUACCUUGAUGAGCCGUACGGAGCUACUCACUUGUUCUGCCUCCCAGUCCUCCUUCAACAAGAUCAAGGAACAGGCUACUACAGUGACCCGAGGCUACAACUUACGCUGCUACCUGACCUUCUACCCCAUGUUGGGUCAGAAUAUACAGUAUGACUUUGAACCUUGUGAUAACGACAAGAUCGAGAAGGUCAGCAUCCACGACGAGAAUACCCAAGGCAUCCUGGAGAACGAGAGUAAAAAGUGUGUCGCCCUCAUCCAAAAGGAGACCAAGGUGGUGAGGGACGCGACCAGGAAGAUACAGAAACUAGGGGUGGCGGGGAGGCCUGAGACGGACCUGCCCCCAGACAUGGAGAUGAAGCUGGAUGAACUGCGGAACAUCAUCAGGAAAGCAGAGACUCACAGGGCGAAGGCGGAGGCUAAGUUAGAAUCUCUCAAGGAAGGCGGCUUCGAGGUGGAGGACUACACGAAGAGCCUCGACAGUGACAGUCUGGGGGUCGACCUCGAUACUUCCCUCAGCCGUUCAGGAUCCACGCUGUCCGUCAGGGAGGAGGGAGAGCCAGCAGCCGGGGAGUUAGACGGUGAACAGGUGGAGUCUGAUGCAUUGACCUCAACCUCAGCAGCUGAACCUGUGUCUGUAGACUCUGAGAAGGACGACUACAUCAUCCAGCAACCUGACGAUGCAGGGAAACUCGACCCGACCUCCUGGGACCCCGUGUCAGUGGACUGGGGUGACGCUCCGGUGUCUCCGCUCCCUCCAGUCACCAAUGGACCCCCAGAUGACCAGUCCGCCUACCCCAAGUGUACCGUCUUGUAUAACUACACCGCUCAGAACCCAGACGAAUUGUCCAUCGUGGAGAACGAGGAGCUGGAGCUGAUGGGUGAGGGAGACGGCGAUGGAUGGGUUCAGGCCAGGAACUAUAAGGGAGAGGUGGGCUUCAUCCCUCAAAACUACAUCGAGAUAGAGGAAGGAGCAGCACCCUCCGCCGCCAACGCAGACUUCGCCACCUUCCCCGAGCCAGGCACCGAGGAUGCCAUGACGAGCGAGGUGCCACAAGCCUCCGACACCACCGCCGCGAACGGAGGUCCUCAGAGGGGCAUCUCCUUCUCCUCCAUAGAGUACAACUUGGAGACGGAGGAGGAAAUGGCAGCCCCGGUGUCUUUCUCGUCAAUGGAUUACAGUUUCGAGGCCGCUGAGGAAUAUCGGGGUGGUGAUGACUACGCCUCCGAGCCGCCCAGUGACCUACCACCCCCGCCGCCGCCCACCAUAGCACCAGCCGACGCCGCCCCUGCUAUGCCUGUGCCGGGGCUACCUCUUCUCGUCAACAGUGGACAUCUUUCACUCACGGAACACUGUCGCGCCAUGUACGACUACGAGGCGACCUGCUCGGAGGAGAUCUCGUUCGCCGAGGGCCAGAUCAUCAGGAUCCUCAAGAGGGCGGUACACGAUGUUGACGACGGCUGGUGGGAGGGUGAAGUGGACGGACAGGUCGGCCUCUUUCCAUCGCUGGUCGUCGAGGAGUGUCGUUCAGACGGAGAACCUCUCACUCCUGAUGUGUUCACGUUCCAGGCCGUCUCUGGGGCGUCUCCGUGUACGACGCCGCCCCCUCACACCCCACCGGAGGUGCCAGGCUUCCUGUUGCCCCCGGAGAGAGUUAUCAUCACGCAGCCGACGCCCGUGGUUGAGACCGCUGAGGAGGACGACAAACCGGAACAGACCGACGAAGGAGCGGCUCCAUCUAACUUCGAGUCGCCUAAUUUUGAGCUGGAGCUGAGCGGCACACAUCAGGAGCAGUACUCGCGCCAGUUCAGCUCCUCGCCCGAGAGUGAGACCACGGAGAAGGAUCAGCAGUACGCCGAGCUCGUCUCCAGUCCCGACAUGUCCAACCAGGAGGCCGGUGACCAGACGACUCGGCGGGAAGAGAAACAGCCGUCAGCGACCACUUCUCCUGACGUCGCUGAAGAGGACGGAGAUGUUGACAUGGAGCGCACUGACUGGGAUCCCUCCGCCUCCACCACUCCUACGAAUAACGUGGAGGGGGUUGAUCUAGAGCCCUGGCUCGACGAAGUGGACCCCACGGCCACCAACACCCCCGACUCUCUCGAUGAGGUAGGAGAUUUCAUGAAGGCUCACGUAGUGGAGGUGUGCGAGCCUCCAGAGUCCCCACCUCUCCCAGAACCUCCCGAACAGGGGGGUGAACUGGAGUGCUCCGAGCUGGACCAGGUGGAGCCCCCAGCCUUUACCCCACCAGAGUCUCCGCCACAGGAGGGUGAUGGUGGGUAUGUGCCGCUCCCUCAGGUAGAAAAGCCUCCAGAACCUACACCUCCGAAGGUGGAGGAGAAACCACCAGAACCUACACCACCAACACCACCACCAGUAGUGGAGGAACCUGCGGAGUUGGCUGAGCAGGCGAAGAAUCUUCAGGGCGCAGCAGGCAAACGGGGCCCCAGCACAAGGAAGAACGAGAAGCAGUCUAAACUUCCGUUUGAGGUCGGCGGCAGUGGCGAGGGUCUGGGCGUGGCGCAGAUCAUCAUCACGGCAGCGACGCCAAUGGUGGAGACGCAGGAGGAGGAUAUGGGUGGCACGGGCGAGGACUCAAGGGCUGAGGCUGACCAGGAUCCUCUCGACAGCCAGCACCCGGAGGCCGAACGCUCCGAGUGUGAGGGCGAGGCGCUGGUGCUCGACGACGAAGGUCGUCAGCCCCCGCCCCCACCCGCCCCUGAAGGCCCCGGGGAGAUGAGGAUGGAGAUGGUGGGUGCCGAGGGAGGCGCGGGUGACGUGGAAGGGGAGCGGUCUCCCUCGCCCAAGUCUCCUAGCCCGAGUGACGGUCCACCUGAUCUCGACCCGGAGAAACUCAAAGCCUUAGAAAGAAUUAAAGAAUCGAACGCCUAAUGUGGGGUGGGGAUUGAUAGUUCAUUACCAUUACUUUGUUAGUCACAGUUUAUGAGGCGACUGUCAGCCAACACCACCUCAAGUUAGCCGUUUAAUCCGUCAUCUAUGGUGCAGAGUGCAAUGAGAGAUAAAUUAAAAAAUCCUAGAAAUAUCUAACAGAUUCCUCGGAUGUCAUGUAUCGAGCCAAACAGAAAACACUCACCCAUGUACCUAUACGUGUGUACCGUGCUACAUACCGCACUUGUUAAAGAUCAUCAAGAAACACAAUAGUACGCUGUUGGCCUUAGAGUCCACCUCAACUUCUCAAUAGGUGCACGAUCCGUCAACUUGAAUAUUGCAGUCCGUCAGUUUUGUAUCGGAAGGACAGAAGAACGGCGACGGGCGGACAGAUGCCAAGCCGUCGCCCGAGACACCUGUCCAGUUUAUACUACACGUGUGCAAGUGCUGUCAGGCCCUCCUAGAAGCUUAACUAAGUGUAAGCUGUUACAAUGACACUUUGUGCAUAUCUCUUUUAUCUCUCGGUGUACUAAAGAAAGUUUCCUGUGCAUCUUUGCAUAAUUUUUGCUGACUGGUAAUGUUUUUUUUUUACAUUUCUUAUAGAAUUUAAUAUAAUUUUUAUCUUCAUUUAAAACAUGUGUAGAUUUACUCUCUCAUUCAAGUAAACACGUGUCUCAUUACAGUAGGAGAACGUGACAUAUGUAUAUAAUGAUGCCAUUUUUUCUGACCUUAUUUUUAGUGGUAUUCCCUUAUUUUUAAGGGUUCAUGCUAGAGGUUCAAACUUAGCACAAUACUGUUUUGGGAUCCUGUAUGUGUACGUGUAUAAAGAAGACGUUACAGGUGUGUCUAUGAGCUUAAAUAACAAAGCCAUUCCACUUUAAACCUAUAUAACUAUCUAGACGUGUUAGGGAGAGUUACUAGUGUAAUCCCCCCAACACAAAUGAUUUUUUAUAGAAAUUCAGGAGUUGAGGUUUAGCACGACCUUUGAUUCUUAACCUUACACACAUUCACACCUAAAAUGUCUUCUUUACACACAUAAACACACACUCUCCUACAACAGUAUCCGCCAUAUUUCAGCCCCUGAUAUGACCACUUAAGUCCCUCAUCUCUCAUAUUGUAAAUUGAGAUUAAUUUUCCUAGUCUUUGAUAAGUAAUAAAUUUCUAACCCCAGGUCAAUAAGUUACGAAAAAGAAAGUGCAAGUUUAAAGAGUUUUAUUAAUAGCCGAGGCGUGAGAGAAGGUGAUCGCCCUGAACUAUGAAUUUAAACUUUUUCGAAAACUGGCGCCCUUAUGAGACACAUCUGGAUUUUUGUCAACAUUUCUGUACAAAUUAAAUCCAAAACUAUAAAGUAUUUUUGGGUGAUAUUUGAAGACAAUUUGUUUUUCUUACCGGGUGGUAUUCAACAUCAAAUUCCUUGGUUGUUUCCCUUUUACUAACAGGUCCUUCACCUUCGCUCAUUGACUAGGAAAUUCUCGAGACUCUUGUAUAAAGUUGACUAUAAAACACUCGCAUCAGCAGUGUGGGGUACAUUAUUAUACCAACAAAAUCUGGGAAAAGCUGAUAUUAAAUACUGAUACCGAUGUGAGAGUAGUGGUUCGCUAGUACCAUUGUUGUAUUGAAGGAUUCUCCACCAUAAUAAUAUGUCGUAUUUAGGCUUUUCACUUCACACUGUGUCGUUUACUCCCUCGGGCCACGGCUGAGGGAGUGAUGUUCUUGGUGGGUGGCGAUGUUACGUAGAAUUGACUGAAAGUUUGUUCCCGAGACGUCUGGUAGGAGACUAGUCCUCAAAUUAUUUCCAAGUGCUCUUGUGUGUAGCGUUGGGAGCAGCGCGUGGUGGUCGAGUAGUGUAAGCGUUGUCUUGUGUGAAGGAACUUGUUAGCAUUCUUGUUGUUCAUUAGCCGCAAGUGCCUGUGCAGACGGUGGCGUUCACGAGUGGUACUUGCGGCUAUGUUUAUAAGUAAAUAAAUACCCGAAGAGAUAAACAAAUAUAUAUGGUUCACAUCGGCUUUGCUUUUGGGUUGAUAGAUUACUGUGCCAGUCAAGGAACUCGGGGAGAGAGGCAGUCCUGUCCUCCCACCACACACACACUAAGCGAAUCUGUUAUUAGUGGAAGACUGUUAGCGGGAGUUGAGAGAAUCCAGAGUUCUGUCGGAUUAUUGUCUCGGCACGGAGGUCUUCAGUCGUGGUUCUACUUCAUAACAAAAUACAUAACAUGCAUUUUGUUAUGAGGAAUUUAUGUGGCGAAAUCAAAGACAUUGACAUCGGCUCAAGAAUGUAAUUUCAAGUUGGCGAUGUUUAAGAAUCGGAUUAUGGUAUUAGUUUCGGUGACUUACAGCCAUUAUGAUGGUUGUUGUUCAUAGUACUUGCCACUACGUACAAAUAACCAUCUUAAAGUGUCUGUGGGGAGACGGUGACCCAGAAUGACCCUACGAAAAUGAACUGGUGUGACCUACUCGAUUAUAACCUACUGUGGGACUGUAUGAUGUAUGAUACGACUUGACUUUGGACGGUAGCUCAGCGGCCGGCUUCAGUACCCGUUAAGUUGACUCUAAGAGGACGUGUGUGUGUGUGUGUGUGUGUUUAAAAUUGUCUCUACUGUUUACACGUGAGCAAACGCUCUGUUGUCCGAAUAAAUAUGAAAUUAAUAUAAAUGAAUUAGAUUGAAAGCCAGAUGCCAGAGAGAUACACCUUUUCCUCCUGUCCACCCCCCCCCCUCCCCCCCUCCAGCGAAGUUCUCUGCGUCUGUGAUUCUCUUCGAAAAAAAAAACCACAAAAAAGAGAAAUACAAAUUAUGUCAGGCACCAACUCCUCCUCCCCUAAUUAUCCCUGAGGUAAACAAACACACUUAUCUAACAUCUGGUAUAACAAGAGAUAUGUACACUUUCUUGAAUUAAAAAAAAAAGCUGACUAUCUUGUUGGAUAAGGCAGUGAGCUCAAACGUCAUUUAACAGAUAUCAUUCACACUCCCGAAUGUAUAUAAGAGUAUAAAAAGUAAAUCCAAGCACUCAUACGAAUCCCAUACCAGGUUUUUCAUCGGUACUUUAACGCACAAUGAUGCUUCGAAGCCACGCGUCAGACAUCAAUAAUAAAAACAUGUAGUCAGUGCGUUCGUGCGAGACGCCUGCAGUUGUCCCCCAUCACGAGGAACCUUUGUCACUAUCGCUUCUUCAUAAAGUUAGUUUCCUCCUCAUUUCAGUCAUUUAUUCUAUUAUGACAAUAUAUUCUGACGGUUCGUUAGCACUAGGAUCUAACUUUCUCUAACUAACCUUCGCACCAAUGAAGCUUCGAACCAAUGAACUUUUGAACCAAUGAACCUUCGAACCAAUGAACCUUCGAACCAAUGAACCUUCGAGCCAAUUAAUCUUCGAAAUAUUAAGUAGUUCCCAUUUAUUCACGGGGUUUCUUUUCUUACUACGAAUUUCGCCGAAUAAUUAAUCAAAUACAGCUAUUUAUCUCCCAUUUUGUGCAUUUUAAUUAUGUUUUAUGGUGAUUUAUCUUUUUAAAGCUAUGUUCUCUUUGGUACAGUACGUUCACAAGACGGUCAAAGAGAAAUUUGGUGCGCCAAGUACAGGUUGCUAGACUGUUGUUAGUUAAAAUGCGCAGUAGACCUAGGGGCGUCGUGAAGCACACACGUGGGGGAGCAAGUGUUAUUGUUUUAUAAACUUUUAACGGAGUAAUUAUUUGUGCUUCGAAAGCUCACAGGAGUAAACGUUUGUGUGUAGUCACCGCACAACAGAACAGAGGGAUGUGUCGUAACCUCACAACAGAACAGAGAUUUAUGUGUCGUAACUUCACAAUAAAACAGCUGUUUGUGUGUCGUAACCUCACAACAGAGUAAAUGUUUGUGUCUCCUAACCUCACAACAGAACUGCGGUUUGUGUAUCGUAACCUCACAAGAGAUCAAGCGUUUGUAUGAGACAGCGACCUACACGGACAUAAAGGCAAGUUCCACAAGUCACACACUGGCAACAGAAGGUAAGCGCGAGUCAUGGUCACUUGCUGCUCCCUCCUGGAUACCCAUUUGUGAUUUGCAGUUUGUUUUUUUGCAUUUAUUUUCUUAUAUUUCAAUUUAGUAAUAUUCUUUGAUUCAUGCCUUUUAUAGGUGUAGGUAGGUGUUGUGUGUACGUGUGUAUUGUUGCCAAGACAAAAAUUGUUUUAGAAAAUUCUAUGGAAAAUAAAUUUAUUGUUAUGAUUAUUAAAUAUUUAUUAACGUUUAAACAUAAAGCCAGUUAAAAUCACAUAAAAAUAAAAAAAAAUUUCACUAAAGAAAAAAAUAUGAAUAAAUGAGUUUAACACUGUCAGGCCGGGAUUGAAGGCAGACCCGAUAAUGUGACAAAUUUGGCUGACCGAACAUAUCUCUGAGACUAAAUCCUGGAAGACUAAGUGAUGCCCUAACUCGUGCUCAAAGUUUAUAUCAAUUCUCCCACUACGUUCACAAGACAUUAGAUCACUUGUUGGUGUAGUAGUAGUAGUAGUAGUAUUGUAGUAUUGUAGUAUAGAAGUAGCGGCGUCAGGUAAAUUAUUAAAGGCACAUUCAGGCCCAACAAAUUACAAAGGGUCUAAACAUAUACUGUAGCUCAGAUCAUUAUGUAUUCUUGUAAUAUAUCUUACCUUCGAUCUCAAGGGUAUUGUGCUGGCUCUCUCUCUCUCUCUCUCUCUCUCUCUCUCUCUCUGUUUUCUUAUUUAAAAAAAAACCCUACAUGGUCACGUAUGGGAAAUUCACAAUGUCUAACGCUCAUCCGAAUACCACAGCUUCUCUUUAAUCAUACGAGGUUUACUGUUAAAGAUGAACGCAGGUUGUUUACUAACUCGUCAACAAAACCUCUACUCCACGAAGAAAAAGAAAAAGAAUUUGCAUAAUCAAAAGAGCGUGUUUGAUUCUUAAAUACAACUUAGUCGGUUAGUUACAUACGUUUUAGGAAUUAUUUUAAUGCACGAUCAGUGUAAAAGGUAUUGAUAACCUUUGGAAUGGGGGAAAUUAUAUUCCUUCGGGAGACCAGGAUGAGACACUGAAUAAGGAGACGCUCACCCAACAACGUUAAUAUACGAUUGUUGAUAAACGUUUUCCCACUUGAAGAUUCUCCCUGGGUAGUCGCGUAAAAUAUAUAGUGUACCAUAGUACUGUAAAAAAAACAAAAACAAAAAAUGAAUAACGAAGUUUGCUUCUGCAGUCGUAUCCAAAGUGCUGGCAUCUUAAAGCACUUUUUUUUUGUCUCGAGUACAUCUCCGGAAACAAAAUACCCGAAUGCAUUUUUGUUGAGCGUAUUUCCGGAAAUGACAAAAUAUGAUCUAGUGUACGUCAAUAAACGUGGUGUAUUUCGGUGCCUGAGGAGUGAGAAAGAUCCAUCCCAGAUUCUUAAAAGGCAGAGAAAAAAAGAUAAUUCAGUUUCAUUUAAUGCUAAAAACCCAGAUAUUUUCUUAUUUUGUUUUUUGGUUUUCAAUCCAUCGUUUUGUAACGAGCUGCCUCAGGAAUUGUCUCGCGUGUUUUGUUCUAACCCAGCUGCUGCUUCUCACGUGCCUUAGAGAUGACGGGACACGGACUACUCUCGUGUUUACAUUGUUGAUUUUGAUGACUCCUGAAUCCAUAUACUUCAGGAAUUAUUACAUCUGAUUACCUAUAUAUGUCAUGAUUUCAUUAGUUAUUAUUUCUUCAAUCCAUUACAUGAAUUUAUAUAAAUGAAUCCACGUGUCAUUGUUUAAUCCAACCGUUUCGCUCGUUAUUAUUUCUUGAGUCCUUGUGUUUCAUGAUCCCAUUUAUUUCACCCAUCACUCAUCUCAUAACCCUUGUCCAUGAAUCAUUUGUACUAUGAAUUAUAUGUCCCAUGGGUUUACUUGUUCCAUGAGUCGACUUGUUUUGUGAUUCACUUGUUUCAUGAAUCUUUUUUUUGUCGAAUUAUAUGUCUGUCGAAUUCUUUGUUUUAUGAAUCAUGUUGAUGGAUCAUACAUUUAAGGAAUCAUGUGGUUGAUGGAUCAUAUGCUUAAUGAACCAUAAGUUUCAUAAAUCAUGCUUUCAUUAAUCCACUUAUAUCUGAUCCAUUCAUUUGCUUCAGGGAUCUCUUUGCUUUAGAAAUCCCAACUGAAUUACUGAAUCAUUUGGGUUAUGGAUCCGUUCAGCCUUCAUGAAUCCAUACUAUUGUAACUCUCGAAGUGGAAGUUGUUCUUAUGUCAAUAAUUUCAGUCUUUCAGCAAUAAUCCGAUGCUCAUUUCUUUCAUCAUUUCUCUCAUUAUAUUACGACAUGACCUUCAGCUUGACUGAAGGUCAUGUUAACACAGUGACACUGGAAUGAGAACUCUUAUGUCUCUCUGGUAUAAAUUUUUAAAUAAAGUAUCAGAAGUUUGUCGAGUAAGGAUGUGUUGUGUACAGUGAAUGUGUCAAUAAAUAGGUAAUAGAUUAA